GCCGAAACCCUAACCCUCCGCCCCCUCCUCUCUCGCGGAAACCUAACCCUGCCCCUCCUCUCUCGCCAGAGAAACCCUAGCCCUCAGCCCCGAUGUCCCGCGGCCGUGGUGGUGGCAGCGGCCACAACCUGUCUCCUUCGCCAGGCGCUCGCGGCCGCGGCCACAGCUUGUCUCCUCCGCCUGGUGCUCGCGGCCGCGGCCUUAGCCUCUCUCCUCCGCCUGUCCCUCGCGGCCGCGGCGACAGCUUCUCCCCGCCGCCAGGCGGUCGUGGCCGUGGCCGUGGCCGCGGCCGCGGCCGGAGCUCUCCGCCGCAGCCAUCGCUGCGGCCACGUCGUUCACGGGCUUUCACCAACUCUCCUCGCCCACGUUUGUCUCUGGAUUUGGUUGCAGCUCUGGGCCGCUCUCCUGUACCGGUCGUCCAUACCCCGAGCCACAUCUUAUCUUCACACCCGGUUUGGUAUGGCUCUCCAGGCCUUCGUGGCUUCCAGACCCGCAUCCUUGGGCCCUCCAGUCCAUGGCCAUCCACAAGUCUGGAAGACACAUGUGACAGCUCUACCCCCGAGGACAAGGACGAGAACAGCGACAAAGAGAUCUUUGGAGACGACCCUCAAGAGCCAGAGGAUCUGAAUACUGAGGCCUCCCUCAUUGCUGGUUUAGCAGACUCUGCUAUAAGUAACUGGAAUAUUAAAAUCCUAUCUGAUACUUUCCUACCAACGAUGAGCAGAUGCUCUCGUUAUUUGCCUCCAAACUUAUUCAUUGCUGUUGUGGAGGAAAGGCAGGUUCUGAUAACAGCAUGUGAUAUGCAAACCAAUCAUGAAUUUCAGGAACUGGAAUUCAUGAUUUCAACUGCUGCUCUGAGGGAACAUGAAAAUGUUCUCCAUCUUACUGGACUUUGCAUCAAUGACAAUAGAGCCUACGUUGUGUUUGACCUUCCCGCUGGUUCUUUAAUUUAUGAAAAGCUAAAGGGUGAUGCUGGUUCCUUACAAUGCUGCCAAAUAGUGGAUAUUGCUCUUGGAAUAUGCGAGGGGUUUCUUUACAAUAUAUCUUGUGGAUUUGUGUCUGCCUGUCCCAGCUCUGACAAUAUCUGGCUUAAACUGGAUGGUACACCGUUGUUGCUUGAUGUCUCUGGAUUGGGUGAUGAUUCUGCAGAAACUGAUGCCGUCCGUGCAAUUGGACUCAUUGUCUUAGAAAUGUGCAUGAAUGCUUCCGACAGAGAGAGUUGCUCUUUCAAGAAAGUCACAAUGCUUGCGAAUCAGUGCGUCAGCGAACAAUUUGAUGAGAAGCUGUCGCUGGAAUCUCUUCAGGAGGAAUUGAAUCAACUCAAGCGAUCUGUUGGUUGUCUUAGAUUGGAGGUAGAUGAUGCUGCUUCUCUCACAGGAGCUUUACACUGAAGUUUGUCUCAACGGAGAGCACUGGUUCAGUGAUUGAAUCAAUGAGUUACUUUUUCCUUCUGGCAGUGAAGCUUCACGGAACGGUGCAACUCUCUUAGAUGUUGAAGUGAACUCUACUUGAGUAUUUGUUAAUCAAUGCGCAUGGUCUUUUGGUCGACCUAUUCAUGUGAUGACAUAUGUACAUUUCUACUCGUGUUAUAUGUCCUUGUAUGGAAGUCCAUGAAUAGCUCACUGUUCUUUAACUCUUUUGGGAGCCUUUGAUUAUUGUCUGCUUUUGUUUUGUUCUUAAGACUAAUAGAGCACGCAUCUUUCGGGAAUCA